ACCGCGCACGUAUCUCCACAGCUGACAAGAUAUUCAAAAUCUAUUGUGAUAACUCGUGAUAACUAUAAACAUUAUAUGUAACCAUUAUACGUGAAGGUCGUGAAAUCGGGAUGCGUGAUUUUACCCACUGAUGAACACAGCUCCAGCUCGAGAUAAAGACUUUUCACGGGUUUAUUAUCAGUUUAUCAACAUCACAGAGGAUGGAGAGAAAUCUUCUCUGAACUCCAGCCUGACUUCAUCAUUCUUUUGCUUCAGAUAUGGACAGCUGAUGGUGUAAAAGAGGAAGUGUAACGCCAAACUGCCCUCAUUCACAGGGGCCACAAGACAAACACAUCAGGCAACAAUUUUAAAAGAAGUGAAGAGAUAUGGCUGCUUACGGACAGACGCAGUACAGCCCGGCUUUACCGACAGCAGGACCGUAUGCAGCAUACACACACCCUUCACAGAGUUACAGUAUGACAUCAUCAUAUAAUAUAAAGACAGAAGACGGUUUGAGUCAUUCACCGGGUCAGAACAGUUUACUGGGCUACACGUCAAACUUCAGCGGAAGUCCUCAGAGUCAAGCGCUGUACAGUUACUCAACACACGGCGGCAGCAUUUCUUCUGGAAUUUUCCAGGGAGCAAACGGCAUCACAGGAUCAACGCCAUUCAGUCCCACACAGCAGGACUUCUCGGCAUAUUCAAGCUACAGUCAAAGCCAAUAUUCACCGUACUACAACACACACUACAACAGUCCGUACAUCACAACCAGCAACAUCACGCCGUCUGCCAUCACCACGGCCAUACCCUAUCAACACACAGAGCAUCCCGCUGUAUCCACCAAUCACAGCCCAGACUCACACACAGGAGAGUACCACGCUCCCACGAGUCCUCCGACUCCAGGAAAGGAUCAGGACGGAGCUCCCGCUCGCCGCAGCUCAGAUGUGAAGCUGAGAGGCCGGAAGCGGGCCAAUGACCCCAUACCCCCUCUGGACUCUGACAUUGAGAGAGUGUUUAUUUGGGACCUGGAUGAGACCAUCAUCAUUUUCCACUCGCUCCUCACAGGGUCAUUUUCCACACGCUUCGGCAAGGACUCCGCCAAAGCCGUCUCUCUUGGCCUGUGGAUGGAAGAGACGAUCUUCAACUUGGCCGACUCGCGUCUGUUUUUCAAUGACCUGGAGGAAUGUGACCAGGUUCACAUCGAUGAUGUGGCCUCGGAUGACAAUGGGCAGGACUUGAGUACUUAUAACUUUGGCACAGAUGGCUUCCAGAGCCCAGCAGGUGGUGGCACGCUCUGUUUGGGCUCCGGCGUUCACGGAGGGGUCGACUGGAUGAGGAAACUCGCCUUCCGCUACCGCCGGGUGAAGGAGAUCUACAACACCUACAAGAACAACGUAGGAGGUUUGUUGGGCAGUCCGAAGCGAGAGGAAUGGUUACAGUUAAGACGGGAAAUGGAGGUUUUGACAGACCUGUGGCUCACACAGGCACUGAAGGCUCUUGCUCUCAUCAACUCCAGACCAAACUGCGUAAAUGUGUUGGUCACCACCACGCAACUCAUUCCAGCGCUCUCUAAAGUUCUUCUCUACGGUCUCGGAGGAGCGUUUCCAAUCGAGAACAUCUACAGUGCCACUAAAACAGGUAAAGAAAGCUGCUUCGAGCGAGUGACUCAGAGGUUCGGCCGGAGAGCCGUGUAUGUGGUGGUUGGAGAUGGUGUAGAGGAGGAGACGGUCGCAAAGAAGAAGAACAUGCCCUUCUGGAGAGUGACGUGCAGGGCCGAUCUGGAGGCGUUGAGUCAUGCACUUGAGUUGGACUACCUCUAGAGAGCAGCAUCUGCUCGCCCAAACUCCACACGCCCGCUGCGUCUCACACACAGAAAUCACAUGACCAAGCCAAGAACUGCAGGACCAAUCAGCAGGGAGCGGCUAUCUAACUUGAAACAUUUGCUUCAAAUCUAUCCAAGAAAAACAUUUUUGGUCUCUUCUCGCUUUCCACCUGAGACAUCUUUGCUUUCUUAGAUUUUUUCUCUUAACCACGGCACUGCACUGAAAACAGCGAUGUGAGAUUCCUCGUAAAGAUAAGACCUCAAGGCAAUGUUCGGUUCAGCAUACUAACAUACGACUAGUAUGCCAUUUGUGAGCAGGAUGUGUACGUCUGCAUGCACUGACGUGUCUGUUUCACCUAGACGUGCAGUGUACACUAGAGAAUACUGUGUGUGAUACGGUAUCCCAUGAUGCAAAGCCCUUGACUUGACUUUCCAUUUCUGUCCUUCUACUUGGUUUUUUGUUUAGACUGUUAGAAGUCACGUACAAAACUAGAUGGAGCUAAAAUGACAUUAUGUGGUCGUGUGAUAACAGGGAUGCAUACUACUGUUUGACAUGUUUAUUAGCGUUUACGGUUUCACAUACUUCUGUAUAAAAAUGAGCAGUAUACAGUGUAUACUUGCAGCGUCUAGUAAUAUUCCAUUCUGAACAUAGCUGUAGAUCAAAAUCAUAUGUGAAAGGUGUGCGUAGCCAUUCAGUGUGACUAUAGCAAAAGGAAAAACAGGGGUGUACAAAGAGUUUAGCAUAGAAAACAAAUUAAUAUGUUUUGUUGUUUUUUACCAAGAGCUAUGGGAAUCUUAACUAAAUCCAAGAGUGAAGAAGAACGUUCAUAUGAGACUUUAGUGUAAAUUAAAAUCAUUGUAACCGGUUGUUUAUUACAUAUAAAUAAUAUACUAAAUUGAAUGAAUAUUUCACUGUACUUCAAAGCAAACCAACGACUGAGUUAAUGUUUAGAAAUGAAGAUAUAUGCUAUUGUACUAAAACCAUAGCAAAACUAACCCCACACAUGUCUUUUGAUGAAUACAAAGUAUUGUAAAUGAAGAUUCAUCCAGAGAAACAGAAAACCAACCAAAAACAGCCAAAAGCUACUGACACAAUUCCAUCAAUUUAAGCAUCUCUCCCAUCACACGUCUUUCUGUAAUACUGUCUUUAUAGACAGAUGUCUCUCUCUCUCUCUCUCUCUGUGCCUGGAACACUACGUGGAUUUUUACUGGAUGUAUAUUUCUUUUAUCCGCUGAGGUUUAUAUGUACUGUUUUAUCUACUGCCCUGAUCAUGCGUCACCUGUGCGGUUGUUCUCUGACCUGCAUGUGCUUGUUCACACAACCUGCUCUUUUACUAUGAUUUGUAUAUAAGGUUUUAUUGUUGAUUUGUUUCUGGGCUUACUAUAAUAGAAUAAAGAUAAAUUAAUUUCAUCCUCAAGCUCUCUUUCUUAAAGUGAUGUCUGGAAUAAAGUGAAGUUUUUA